AUGGCGUGUCGAACAGCUUUUAGACCUUUAACUAGGUCUGCUAGGACGCAAUUCCAAUCCACGUAUCCCUCAAGAUGUUUUUCCAAUUCGAUUAUUCGACCAGUCGAGCCAUCAUCCGCGGGUCCAUCAAAUAGUGAUAAUGGACGAACUACACAUUUUGGAUAUGAGACAGUGCCAGAGGCAGAAAAAGAAGCUAGAGUUCGGGGAGUCUUUAGUAGUGUGGCAGCCUCGUAUGAUACUAUGAAUGAUUUUAUGUCACUGGGGAUUCAUAGGUUAUGGAAAGACCACUUUGUGCGAUCCAUAAAUCCCGGUUUCACUCCUCCCUCCUCAUCCACAUCCACGCCCAACCCCGGCUGGAAAAUGCUCGACAUAGCCGGCGGCACCGGCGACAUUGCCUUCCGCCUGCUCGACCAUGCCACCAACAUAAAUGCCUCCCCCUCCUCCACUAUAACCAUCUCAGACAUCAACCCAGAGAUGCUCGCCGAAGGGCGCAAACGUUCCCUCCAAACCUCCUACGCCCACUCCCCCCGUCUCAAUUUCCUCCUCGCCAACGCCGAAUCCCUCUCCAUGAUCCCCUCAAACUCCCUAGACCUCUACACCGUAGCCUUCGGAAUCCGCAACUUCACAAAUAAAUCCGCUGCGCUGCGGGAAGCGCACCGCGUCCUCAAACCAGGUGGUUUAUUCGCUUGUUUAGAGUUUUCCGGUGUGACCAAUCCGUUGUUCAAUGCGGUUUAUAAACGUUGGAGUUUUGGCGCCAUACCUUUGAUUGGUCAAUUGGUGGCCGGGGAUAGAGAUAGUUAUCAGUACUUGGUGGAGAGUAUUGAGAAGUUUCCUAAACAGGAGGAGUUUAGGGACAUGAUUAAGGAGGCUGGGUUUGUGGUCCCUGGGAAGGGAUGGGAGGAUUUGACGGGCGGAAUCGCAGCGAUUCAUAAGGGGAUUAAACCUUUAGAAAAGUAA